CCAACUUCGACUUUCCGACCUGUGAAUAAUCAAUCAAACCAUCGACACUUUGCCAUAUCAGCUUCAGUGCCUACCUAUUCGAGUCCAUUCGCGAUAACCUCCCCGCCAUCUUUGGCUGUCAGCAACGCCCAAGCUUCGCUUUCAACCCACUUCGGCCGCAGCCGGUAGACCAGACGAGAGCGACAUUGCAUCUCGCCACCACCCGCCGACCACGCAUCCAACUGCCUACUUCCGCAUUCUGCAGUCUUGACACUUGUCAUCCGUUCACAACAUCGGAUUAUACGAUAACGCGACUAUUUGCGACUUCGCUUCAGAUUCCCUGCGACAACUCGAAGCUAGAUACCACUUCAUUCUUAUCAAAACGGCAGAACCGAGCGCGAGUUUCUGAUAGAGACAACAUGAGUUCCCCACGCCGCCGUAUCGAGACAGAUGUCAUGAAGAUGCUCAUGAGCGACUAUGAGGUUACUUUGGUGAACGAUAAUAGGCAGGAAUUCUAUGUGAGGUUCAAAGGGCCUGCCGAAACACCCUUUGAAGGCGGCAUCUGGAAAGUCCGCGUCGAGCUACCCGAUCAGUAUCCAUACAAAUCCCCUAGCAUUGGCUUCGUGAACCGAAUCUUCCAUCCCAACAUUGAUGAGCUAUCCGGAUCGGUUUGUCUAGACGUCAUUAACCAAACAUGGUCGCCAAUGUUCGAUAUGAUCAACAUCUUUGAAGUAUUCCUGCCUCAGCUUCUACGUUACCCGAACCCUACCGAUCCUCUCAACGGUGAGGCCGCUGCCAUGUUGCUUAGAGAACCCAAGACCUACGAGAACAAGGUGAAGGAAUAUGUCCAGAAGUACGCGAGUAAGGACGCGGCAGACGAGGCGGACGCAGAAAGUGAAGACGACGGCGAACUAUCAUCCGUGGCUAGCUUCGACGAGGAAGACGACGAGGAGGCCGCCGGUAAGAUGGACGACGUCUAGGUUGGUAGUCCUCCAACGAAUUCUGAAGGCUCUUCGAAUCCUGAAGGCCCCUCAUAUUCAGACGGCAUUUUAGGUCGUCUUUGCGUCACUUCGCAUUUAUCAGCGGCAGGAGUUGUUUUCUUCGGGGUGUUCAAGGGCCUCUGUUUCGAACCGGCGUUGAAUAAGGUAUCUAUGGGUUGGGACUUUUUUUGGUUUGCUUAGGUCACUCGCUUUGUUUUCUCCCCUCUGAUUCUAGGACUGUUCAUACACAUCAUCUCAGUGCAAAUCGUUAUAUCAUU